UCAGUACCACCACGCGUUUUUCAGUAAAUUCUACACAGAAAUGAAAAGACAUCUAAACAGUUAUCGUUGGCUGAAGUGAUUUUAGAUCACUGCGUUUCUGCUAACAUUUUGUUUUAUUUGUAGCAAGGCAAGUCUGUCUACAAACCAUGAAGUGGAAAUUGACACAGCCAGCUCAGGAACGGAUUUUUUCCUCGUUGACUAUGAUGCGAAAAUGGAAGACGAAAAAAACAGCCGAGGCACAAAGGUUUUGAUAUUAUUUUUGAUGAGAGAUUAUUCUCUUUGUCAGUAAACCAUCAAUGUGAUGUGCUACAGUCGACCCUUCAAGAAAGAAAGAUCCCGAUGAAACGUGAAUGGAAGCAAUGGAGGGGUGGGUGGCUCUGCUGCUCCUGAUGUACCACACGCAGCAGUGGCAGACUGUCGCCACCAGAGGGCAGGACAGCAUCAAGUCCCACAUCUUCUACGCUGUAGAAAUGGAAGGAGGCAGCCCAGCUGCCAGAGCCUUGGCCAAGCAGCAUGGAUUGCAGUUCAUUUCAAAGAUAGGGAAUCUGGAAGAUCAUUACACCUUUAAGGACAUUGUGGGUUCCAGAAGCAGACAGAGCUUGGAGGCCAAACUUUACAUGGGAUCAGGGGUAAAGUGGGUGAAACGCCAGAGAGCCCAUUACAGAGACAAGCGUGCAGCAAUCCCAAGUCUGGAUGACAGGACUCGUCAUGAGCUGGGAGAGAGGCAACGUGAGAUCCCCAGUGAGAUCUACAAUGUCAUUAACUCUGAAGAAGGACUCGAAGACCCAUUGGUGUUUAAUGACCCAUACUGGCCAAUGCAGUGGGAGCUGUACAACCGAGGACAAUUCGGAAGCCCUAAAAGGUUUGACCUCAAUAUCAUGCCUGUCUGGAAGAGAAAUAUCACUGGAAAAGGAGUGGUGGUGACCAUUAUCGAUGAUGGUGUGGAUCAUACUAACGUCGACCUGAAGACAAACUUUGAGCUGUAUGCCAGUUUUGAUCUCCGCGGUGCUCAUGGUUUAUCCCAUGAUCCCAUGCCAUUGAGGGACUCAAACAAUGGACAUGGAACACGAUGUGCAGGUGAAGUGGCAAUGGAGGCAAAUAAUUCUUUCUGCGGUGUUGGCAUUGCAUAUAAUGCCAGAAUCGGAGGCAUCCGGUUGCUGGACGGAGCUGUGACUGAUUCUAUGGAAGCUACAUCCCUUACUUACAACAACGACUUUAUUGACAUUUACUCCUGCUGCUGGGGACCAAGGGACAAUGGCAAAGAGAUGGCCGGUCCAGGAAAACUCACCGAAAAGGCUUUGCGAAUUGGUGCACAAAAGGGCCGGAAAGGAAAAGGCAGCAUCUUUGUGUGGGCUUCUGGAAAUGGUGGGCUGGUAGAUGAUCACUGUGGAGCAGAUGGUUAUGUAAACAGUAUCUACACUAUUGCCAUCGGAGCUAUUACACACAGCGGUCUCCCCGCUUACUUCGGUGAGCCUUGUCCAGCAGUAAUGGCCGUCACCUUAACUGGUGCCACCAACGAAGGAAGUCUUCCACUGGUGACUGCCACAAAUGUAGACGAGGGCUGCGUCACGCACUUCACAGGCACCUCCAGCGCUGCGCCCAUAGCUGCUGGGAUCCUGGCCCUCGUGCUGGAGGCAAAGCCUAAUCUGACCUGGAGAGAUGUACAACACCUGAUUGCUAACACAGCAAAGAUACCCAACCCAGUAGAACCAGGCUGGAAGAUCAAUGGUGGCGGAUAUCACCUCCAUGAGAGGUAUGGCUUUGGUCUCCUUGAUGCAGGCUUAAUGGUCCAACAGGCUCUUGAGUUUGAAACUGUCAGACCUCAGAGAAUAUGUUCAGAGGAUGUGUUUUUGAAUCCUGUAAGGAUUUUGUCCCCUGGUGGUGUUGUGAGUGUGCACAUCCAGGCUGAAGCCUGCCGAGGGACAGAAAAUGCAAUCAACGUUUUGGAACAUAUUCAGUCUGUUGUUAGCAUUACCAGCGUCUGCAGAGGUGACCUCAGCAUUGACCUGAUCUCUCCCUUCGGAACAAAGUCGCGGCUUCUGGGGACGCGACACAAUGACAUGUCUGGUGCAGGCCUGAAGAACUGGACCCUGAUGUCUGUCCAUUCCUGGGGGGAGGACCCCCGGGGAAUCUGGAAGCUUAAGGUGACUGACAACAAAGAUACAGUUAUCAGGUGUUUUCGGAGUGAGUUUGAACUGGCAGCUGGAGCUGUUCUGAGCAUUAAAACGAUAUUUUAUGGAACCUUUGAUCCUAAAAAGGAGCUCAGAGAUAAUGACCACCAAAAGCUGGUUUCCAUGGGAGACACAUAUCAAUUCAACAUGGACAGCAAAAGUGAUUAUUCUCAACAAGAUAUAAUUGAAGAACAGUUUGAAAAUGAGAACCUGAAUAGGGUUAAUGCUAAUGAUAUACCAGUACUGCUCAUGAGAAAGAAAACAAAUCCCAAAGGUUAUCCAAAAUUAAUUCGGACAUUUAAGCCUCAAGAUAUGGAUGACACCAAUGGCUCAAGAUUGAGACCACAUCUUCAGCGCCUGUGGAACACAUUAAGGGACAAUAUUGAGACUCACUGGACUCAGUACAAGGCCCUGACAAGGAAGAAGACUCCCCAGAUGGACAGAUGCCUUGUCAAGCAUUUAUCCUGCCAUGCAUCUGUUGCUUGCUGGGAAUAGCUCCAACCAGCACCCCUGUGACCCAGUAUUGGAUAAAGAGGUUAGAAAAUGGGUGGGUGUAUGAGACUGAUGUACAAAUAAAAAUACACACAGAUAUGUCCAGAUGUGAGACAAUAUUUCAGCCUGUUGUGGUUCAGUUUGGACAUUUGUGCCGGGAACUGUUUUCUGUUUUAAUCUUUUACUUCAGUUUUUAAGCAUCUUAAUCUACUUUUGACCAUUACAAUUGCAAACAUAAUAAAUAUGGCAUCUUUAACAGAUCAGUACAUCUUACAAGAAACACUUUCAAUGAGAAACAGAACACAAAAACAAUCUAUACGUUAAUUAAGCCAAGAAUACCAUUGUUCAAGAGUGAUACACUUUCCUGUGGUGAAAACAGAUCAAGAACUUUGGCGGUUGCAUAACUAAAAAAUAAACAGUGUUUACUGUAUCCCUCCAGCUAUUAACAACUUUUUGCAAAACACAGUUGAAGGAUGUAAAAAUAUUGAAACUACAAGUUAAAGAGCACCACAUGAUCACCUAUUUCAAACAACCUUUGCACCUAAAUACCCAUUUAAACAAAUUACUAUACAUUUGUGUUUAAUUUUUGGGUCAGUAAUCUUUUGCGACACACGCUGGUCAUCUCUGGCCCAUAUCAUGUAAAGUAUCAACUGCCUGUGACUGUUACACCUUUACAUGCCUCACAGCUUGAGGUCCUUCUACAUGCUCAAAUUUGUAGAGGAGCCCUUCAAAUGUAAUAAAGUGACCAAAGACUGGGUCAAAGCUCCUUCAGGGCUAUGUAGGCUGAUUCAUUAAAAACCCUAACCCUUCCUAACAGUAACAGUUCAAGACACAGGUACUGAACACAGGGGAGAUGUUAGGUUGAGAAUGUAGGUCAAAACAAUAGGAUAUUUCUUUCUUCCUUGUCAAAAAAAUUCUGGUUAUCAUUUUUAUUGACAUACACAUUAAAUGCUAUGAAUGGUGUCUAUAUUUUUAAAUACUUCAAAAAAAUGCAACAGACAUUUUAUGUUGAGAAGUGUGUAAAACAGAUUGGCAAAACUCAGAACGUUAAUAAAAAGUGUGACUGAACUUAAAGGAGAAAUAUGAAAUUGUCAUGACAUGAAUUGUCAAGUGUAGCUCUUGUUUUAACAAGAAUUAUUCUUUCAUUUCUGACUUAAGUUUCAAACCUAUGUUUGCAGCUGGAUUAUUAAAGUAGAACGGUGCUUUUGGAUGAUUUAUACUGUACCUCAAAAGUAGGAUGUCUGUCAUGUACAGAGAAUGCAGUCCAUGGUGUUAUUUAACAGAAUUUCAGUCGAGGUCAAGUAUAAUUACACACUUCUGUUUAUGUAUACAACAAUACUAUUAGAAGUUGAAUUGCUUUAAGUUUGAGUCUUCUUUAUUCACUUGUUAAGCUUGCUUGUUUAUUAAUUAUUGUAGUGUUUAUUUAAAUUAAUAAUUUAUCUGGUGGACAUAAACAUCAGUAUGAAUAGCUUGUUAUGAAUUAUAUUAGGAUUAUUAGUACACAAAUCUAUAUUUUCUGUUCAAUGUAAUCUUGAUAACCAUUUGCUGACCUCUCUUACUGCAGUCUUGACAAUUAUCUUCUUUCUUGCUUUCACAGGUUCAAGGGUUUCUUAUUUUACUGCUCUUGAUGCUGUCUACAUAAUGCAAUUGAUAGCAAAAAAUGAGACCUACAGUAUAACCUAUGAUCUGGACCUUAUUCCUACUGUACAUAUUCCUUAUUCCCAGCUAGUUUCUCUGCUUUGUCCAUCUUUACUAAUCUCAUUAAUCACCAAACGUUUGCUGCUCAUCACAUGUUCAGAAAAUGACCUGGACCCCUUCAUACUUUAUAAUUACCCCCCUAUUUCCAAUAGGCCUUGUCUCACAAACAUUCUGGAAUGGGUGGUGGUAGCUCACUUAGUCAUACAAUCUCAUCUCACAUCUUACAAGCUUAUUGAACCUGUUCAGUUAGGGCUUAGACAGAGACACAGUACUGAACAGCUCUUGUUAAGGUAAAGAUUUGCUGAUGGCUUCUAACUAGGGUAACUUAAUUUUAUUUUUUUCCUUCUGGGCAUGAGCACUUUUGGUACUCUCAAUCAUGGCAUCAUAGAGCGAUAGUAAAAAUGGAGUAACUAGUACGUCCCUUUAUUAGAUUGGUUCCUAGUUGACUACCAAGAGUCAAUAAAUUAUACAUGUACCUGUUUUCAUCACAAUAUUAUCCCAUUUAAUCAGGGUGUUUUCUAGAUUUCUUUGCUGGAGCCUUUACCAUUUAGUAUUUACAUGUUGCCUCUUGGUUUUACUUGUAAUUUCACAAAGUCAAUUUGCU